AUGCCUGCAAGAGUCAUCGUUGUCGGUGCUGGCCGUAAGUCUUCGGAACCCAUCAACUCUCUCAUGAUUCUAGUCCUGACAUCGAGCNNAGUCUCCGGCCUGAGCGCCGCUCACACCAUCUACCUGAACGGCGGAAAUGUCGUUCUGCUCGACAAGAACAGUAAGUACAUGCGCUUCCUUGUCAGGUCACGUCUUGCUGACCUGUCAUCUACAGACUUCAUGGGAGGAAACUCCACCAAAGCCACAUCCGGAAUCAACGGUGCCCUCACCCGUACACAGACCGAUCUAGGCAUCCAAGACAGCGUCAAGCAAUUCUACGAAGACACUCUGAAGUCGGCCAGAGACAAGGCUCGACCCGAUCUCAUCAAAGUCUUGACCUACAAGUCAGCCGGUGCCGUCGAAUGGCUGCAAGAUGUCUUCAACCUGGAUCUGACACUUGUUUCGCGUCUCNNGGGUGAGUUUACACCGAAGCAUCCAUGUCGAGUCACAAACUAA